GAUGAAUCCCCCUAGCCCGCCCAUGUCCCUGUCCGUUUGUUGCCCUUUCCCCGCAGCGCUGAACGCUCAGGGCCCUCUGCCCCGCGGCCUGCCAUGAGAAUCGGACGAGGAUGUGAGCGUUGUCGCCUUCGUCAUAUUCGGUGCACCACUCGCGCUGGCGCGUCGGCUUGUAAUGCCUGCACUCGCCUCGGACGCGUUUGUCGCUUGGAUCCGCCUUUUCGGUUCAAAGCCGUCCGCCAUGUGUACCAGAAAAGUAACGGCAUAGCCUCCAAGUUCGAGUUAGCCUGGGAUCCGCGCCAAACAUGGGUGGACCUACCUCCGUCCUUAACGUUUGUGCAAGAAUCGUCCGACGACUCGGAUGCCGGCAACACCACCGAUGCUCUGCCUGAUAACCAAGACGAAGCCCAGCUGACUUCCGAUGACGCCCCUAUCGAUAUUCCAGAGAACAUCUCUAUAUUUGCCCACUUGCCCUUCCCUGAAGUCAUAUAUUCCCAAGAUGAGGGCAUCCGUCCUCCCAAUGUCGGGACAUCCACCCCCCCAGCACAAACCCCUAUCUAUGAGGGUCCUCCGCUGGCUCCAUCGUCUUCAGGUCUCUCCCCUCCUGUCGCUCAUGUUGUGUCGCCCCUGGCGUCUGCGAGCACGUGGACGGGUUCAACCUCACCGCUCAGCUCCGUGAGCCCCCGUCCGAGCAGCUCACCGCCGAUGACCUCUCGGGAAGCACAUCUACUACGAUUGUUCAUCCAGAAGAUCGCACCAUGGGCCGACAUAUGCGACCUCCGCUCACAUUUCAGCACCGAAGUCCCCCGCAGAGCCCUGCAGGUCCCCAUGGUACUCAAAGCGGUACUGUGUCUUGCAGCACGGCACGAUGCCAUAAUGGCCGACUCCAGUGACUGGGAAGCCUCUGAAUACCACGGCCAGUGCCUUGAGCUGCUUAUCGCCGCACUAGCUCUGCCAGAAGACACAUAUGACGAUAACCUCCUUAUAACCGUGGUCACCCUUCGAAUAUACGAAGAGCUUGAACGUGCAACCGAUGAAAAAUGCCACUGGGUCGGUUCAAACCGACUACUCAACACUAUGUCCAAGUCCGCCUCUUCUGGUGGUCUCGCCGAAGCGGUAAGCUGGCAGUUCCUACGCCAGGCUAUCUAUGCUUCCCUGGUGCAACACCAGCCAAUGCAGCUGGACCUAGCCAACUACGAGCUCUCGUCCGUCUUCCGGCGCCGCGAUGAUGCCUCUUAUGCCAAUGUCAUCAUCUUCCUGUGUGCAAAGAUCAUCCAGUCCUGUUGGGGAUCACACUGUAACGCGGUGGAUGAGAGCGAGUGGCAGCAUCUGUCCGACAGUGUGGAGGAGUGGCAUCGCGUACGGCCGAUUAGCUGGCAGCCAUUGCAGUACAAGGACCCAAGCCCAGAGGACAAUCGGCCCUUUCCAGAAAUGUGGAUCAUGUCCCCGCCAGCGGUGGUUGGUCUACAAUACUAUCACGCCUCACGGAUCCUCCUUACCUCGUCACAUCGACACUGGGGUGUAGGCAAUGCUUAUGAGCUUGCACGAUUGAGGCGGAUUGAAGAGAAAACCAUUGCAUCCCAUUUAGUCAGUGUAAUCGGGCUCUCGACGUCGAACGAAACCGUCGAAAAUGCAUACUUUAUGGCAUGUCAUUUGUUGCAUCAGUAUGGCUAUUGCCUACGUCAUCCAUCUGAGCAACAAUGGUCGUUGAAGUUCCUCCGUCGAGUGGAAAAAGUGGUCGGGUGGCGGACGACAUGGAUGAUUCGAGAGCUCGAGAGUCAGUGGACGGAACUGGCGAAGAUGGAUCGGUGGAGGGAUGUACAUGGUUGAUCUGGGUCUUCAGAUAGUGAGGCAAAGAUGUGGGGACACUUUGCAGAUGAAUUGAGAUUGGUAAGCUGAAAUCAUACAGCACUCAAAUCAUAUGCACGAUGAGUGAGAAAGCAA